AUGUCGAUGUCGGCUAGGUGGAUCCAUGGCACAGUCGAGCACGAACUGCACCAGCACACUCGUGACCUCUCCUCGUGUUUAAGUUACGCUACUGGAAACUCGUCCACUCCAUCAUCAUCUUGUUGCUCGUCUCUUGGUAACGUUGUUCAGUCGCAGCCCUGGUGUCUUUGUAGUCUACUAAAUGGUGCUGAGGCUGCAAAUGGACCAGCCUUUUCCCCUUCGCUUUCACGGAUCGGCUCCCCUGCAGAUGGUUCUGAUGAACAGGCUAAGAGUCCUACUACUACCACCAUUCCCUCUGUUCCUCAAGGAACGGGAUCAAAGACAGUACCAAAUACCAGUGGGAGAACUUAUGAUGGAAAUAUCAUCAAAUCGCCGAUUCAUCUCGCGACGGUGGCUUUAUUGGUUGCUGCCACCAGGAUGAACUUUUAG